AUGAUGCUAAGAAAUAUCAUACAAACUCAACUCAGACUCACUUAAUAGCAUAUUUUAUGUGCUCAGCCCUCCUCUCUCUUGUACUAUACUACUUUAAGAUCUUUUACUGGUAAGACAGAGUCAGGCUUUAGAUUUAAGACUCCUAAAAUGAGAAUGAAGCACGUUAACCCAAUAUUUCCACCUCCUGGUUAAAAUUUGAUGAUUCCUAAAGAUCUGACUCCUGAAGUUUAUUUGAAAUCAAUCGGGGGUGAUUGCGGUGAAUACGCAGACAAGUUUGAAACAAUUGAUGAAGUAUUCAAUUUGGAUUCUGUAUGA